CACCAUUCAUACACCUGUUUUGUUUGGGAAUGCUGAUUGACACACAGAACCCGCCCCCCUGCACUUGUCCUUUCAUUGUAAUUGGUUCGACACUGGUGUCUAUGGAAAUUCCCCCGCGCGACCCUUGGCUCACACCUGACCAUCGCUAGUCAGCGGAAGAAUGCGCGAGGCCGCAGGCGGACAGACGCUCAGCUGCCCGCAGCAGCAGCAGCAGCAGUGAAUCCAGCACGCUCUCUCUCUCUCCCUGAGGCAGCAGCUGCUUCCGUUACCCGGCGGCUGUAGACCACCGUCACUCCGAACCUACUCCAGCGAGGAGGGCGACAACAUGCCGCGAUCUUUCCUAGUGAAGAAACAUCACGGCAGUAAGAAACCAAACUAUGGAAGACUGAAUUCAAACACUGAGGAGGCCCCCUGUGGCAGCCAUGAAGACUCUCUGCUGCACAAUGACAUCCCCCCUCACCAUCACUGUCCAGCCCAGAGCCCAAGGAUACAGCUGAGAGCCCAGUCUGUCCCCUCCUCAUCCUGUCCUCUUUCUCUCAGAGCAGACUGCCUGCAUCCUCCAUCUUCUCCAAACGCCUCCCCUCUCUCCUUUAUAGGCCAGUGUUCAGAGGCUUACAGUAGAGGCCCGGCAGAAGCUUAUAAAACAGCUGAAUCCUGGACAAAAGUGAACCUUGAAGUCCAGUGCAUCACAGGAGAGCACAGGAGGAGAGAGAGACUCCUCCCUCAGUCUCUCCCUCUCCUGGCCUUGUUUCCAGCCAUCCCUCCUGGCAGUAGCCAGGAGAGCUUCGAGUGUUUGGACUGUCAGAAAGAGCACUUGAGCUUCUCAGGCCUGGCCAAACAGAAGCAGCUCCAGUGCGAGUGGAGCAGUAAGAAGUACUUCAGCUGCAAGUACUGUGAGAAGGAGUACGUCAGCCUGGGCGCACUCAAGAUGCACAUCAGGACACACACACUGCCCUGUGUGUGUAAACUCUGUGGCAAGGCAUUCUCCAGACCCUGGCUGCUUCAGGGGCAUAUACGGACACACACAGGAGAGAAACCAUUCUCGUGCCUCCACUGCAGCCGGGCCUUUGCCGACCGAUCCAACCUUCGAGCUCACCUCCAAACCCACUCUGAAGUGAAAAAGUACCAGUGUGCAGGCUGCUUCAAGACCUUCUCCAGGAUCUCACUGUUAGCCAAGCACCAAGAGGCAGGCUGCCCACUGUCCUGACAUCCUGUAAAUGUCAACUCACUCCGAAAUAUUCUUCUAUAGACCAUCUGUUGGCUAAAUCACAGCACAACCAAAAGUCCCAAAAGACGCCAAGGGUUCUUAGUGUUUGGAUUACAAAACACCAUCCUGAGUAGUGGAAAAGCUGUGUCAUGCAAUGACACUUUCAUGACAGCCUUUUUUGUUCCAUCAGAACAAUGCUCUUACAGAAGACGCUUUACAGAAUUGUGAAUUAACAUUGAGGAAUUGGUAUCGAAACCUGGUACUAAACAGGCCCUAGAGACCAUAGUAUCCAACAUUAUCAUUUUUGUUCUCUGCUUACUUGAGAUAUUAAGAAAACAGAUUUAUUUAUUAUUGCUACAUAAAUGUUAUUGUCACAUUUUAUGUAACCAAGUCUGAUUCUCAUUAAGACUUUUUUCUAUGAUACAUUUUCACUUUUCCCAAUCCAGAAGACAGAUCUCUCCAUCUGAACCUGUGUGAGAGGAGUAGCUGUCACUUACACACUGCAGCACUGUGCGCACACACACACACACACACACAGAGAGUUGUGUUUCCAUCACUUUUGGGGACAUUACAUAGACUUACAUUCAUUUCCUGGAGGCUUAACCACCACAUAACCAUAACAAUAAACAUUACUUACCUAAUCCUAACCCUGACCUUAACCUAACCCUAACCUCAACAUAACCUUAAAGAAGGUCCUCAUGCUAAAAUUUAAUGAUUUAAGUUGUGGGGACUUGUGUUUUGUAAGUAAGGCAGGUCCUCACAAUAUGAGUGAGUAAACAGAUUUUUGUCCCCACAACUACAGCAAUACGUGUCCACACACACACAUCUACCUGAGUCAAUGCUGACAACACUCAAGGUCACAAA